CCUCAGCUAACCGUCUUUUCGCAGUCUUAAUUCUAGGGUUUCUGAAUUUUCAAUCAAACCAAAUCAGAACAUCAGAUUUUCAUAAUUUGCGUGGGCAAUGGGCGGAAAGUGCCCUCACAGAAGCGUGAAAAAGCGCCGAUACUCGCAUAAAACCGCUAGGCGCACCAAAUUUCUUCUCAAGGAUAUCCUUUUUAUUGUGUUUAUGUAGAUAUUUAUCAGUGCUUUUAUUUCUUUGUAAUUGUUCCAAAUCAUGCUUUGUUUUUCCUUGACUGGUGAUUGUUUACGCGACGAUGCUGUUUAUGAUGAGCUUCAGAAAGUGGAGGGGAAGAGUAAAUCCUUGCCCGUAGAUGAAGACCUUCCUGGGAUGGGCCAGUAUUAUUGUUUGCACUGCGAUCGAUAUUUUGCUAAUGUGACGGUGAGGGAUGAACACUUCAAGACCAAACGACAUAAGAAGCGUUUGAAGCUAAUGAUGGGACCUGCCCCACACACCCAAUUGGAUGCUGAGGUAGCUGCUGGGAUGGGUAUGCCUGACAAUGGUCCAAAGUUAAUGUCAAUGUAAAGUUAAGUUUAUGGUAGACCGUGAUUUUUGCUUACGGGCUGAUAUCGAUAUCUUCAAGAGAUUCCUACAGGGGUUUUAUGAGUUGAUUUUCCAUGACAAAGUUUUGUAGCGGCUAAGACAAUCCUUUACUGAUCUCAUAUGAGGUUUGCUAGCUGUAGCUCUAUUUUGUUCAGUUGUAUCUGUUACAUUCUAAAGAUAUUGUUUCUGUUAUGAGAGACAUUGAUUUGGUUGUUUCACAAUGAAAAGGCACAAAAUUUGGUGGUUUCUAAUUCUAUUGCCAAAAUAAGUAUGUAAGUAAAUGAAAUAGGACUAUGGGACUGGGCUUAUAUGGAUUUCAGUUGUUUGUUUUGAAAUUCGUAUUGCAUCUGGGCUUAAGUAGUGACAUCGGCUACACUCACCUAACCGUGUCUUGGUUAGGACCUGUAGCGGCCCUGUUAGCUCAAUUGUGUUUUUAGCUUUUUAUUAGGUGGCUCAUUGGAUUUGUUUGGACCAUAAGAUAGAUUCGUAUUCUGUAGUCAGUGUAGGUUUCUUUUUAGGCUGUGCAUUUAUAAGAUGAAGACUUUGGAAAAAUUAAUUCAUGAAAUUCUGUAAAAUUGUACUAAGGCUUUCUUUU